ACAGAGGCACCAGGUCCUGUUCAAUGGGGCCUCCAGUCUCUGGGGAAGCUGUGCCUGCCUGGCUCUGACACUGACCACAUCAUCUCUGCCAACCCUGAAGUGCACCCCUCCCAACCCAGCCUCAGAAUGGCACUGCCCCCCAGUCCCCUGGCCAUGGAAUAUGUCAAUGACUUUGACUUGAUGAAGUUUGAGGUAAAGCGGGAGCCCCCUAGAGGGCGAUCUGGCCCUCCCAUGGCCUCACUGGGCUCCACACCCUACAGCUCAGUGCCUUCUUCACCCACCUUCAGUGAGCCAGGUGUGGUGGGGGCCACUGAGGGCCUUCGGCCAGGCCUGGAGGAGCUGUACUGGCUGGCUACCCUGCAGCAGCAGCUGGGGGCUGGGGAGGCACUGGAGCUGAGUCCUGAGGAGGCUGUGGAGCUGCUGCAGGGUCAGGGCCCAGUCCUUGCUGAGGGGCCCCAAGGCUACUACCCAGGGAGCCCAGAGGAGACAGGAGCCCAGCACGACCAGCUGGCCGAGCGGUUUUCGGACGCAGCGCUGCUGUCGAUGUCUGUGCGGGAGCUCAACCGGCAGCUGCGGGGCUGCGGACGCGACGAGGCGCUGCGACUGAAGCAGAGGCGCCGCACGCUGAAGAACCGCGGCUACGCGCAGGCCUGCCGCUCCAAGCGGCUGCAGCAGCGGCGCGGGCUGGAGGCCGAGCGCGCCCGCCUGCUCGCCCAGCUGGAGGCGCUGCGGGCCGAAGUGGCCCGCCUGGCCCGGGAGCGCGACCUCUACAAGGCUCGCUGUGACCGGAUGACAUCCAGCGGCGCUGGGUCCGGGGACCACGCCCACUUCUUCCUCUGAGACGCUGGAUCAGGGCCGCAGGGUGGUGGUGGUGUGGGUGGUUGGGGGGCACCACCCAGGAGGCAGCUGCACCACUCAUCAGAUCGUUAUCCAGCGUCUUCUGGUACCAGGCACUCCGUGGUAUGGCUACACAAAUAUCCCCAAACUUCCUGAACCUUCAAGGCACGCCCAGAGGUUAGCUGCAGUCAUUUUCUGGGAGAGAGGUCCAUGACCUUCCGUCCCCUCAAGCAGGCCAUACACUGAAAACCUGCCCCACCCACAUGACCAGACACAGAUCUGCAGGGGCCAGUGCCCAGGCA